GGUGGACGGUGCGGGGAUAGAGUGUGGCCGCCGCUCCCCUCUCUCCGCUCCCGGGCGGCCGCUCCGGCCCUUCCGGGCGGCGCCGCAGCCUCAUCCCGCGCCACACGCAGAUGUGGGAAGACAAAUGAAGGGAUUUAGAAGCCAAAUAAGUGUCAGUGGAAAGGAGAGCUACCAUCACUAAGUGCUGAACACGAGUAAACUCAUUUUCAGAGUUAAAAAAUUAUUUAAAAAAACAAGAUGGGGACUCCUGGUUCUGGAAGGAAAAGAACACCGGUGAAAGAUCGAUUUUCUGCAGAAGAUGAAGCUUUGAGUAACAUCGCCAGAGAGGCAGAAGCAAGGCUAGCAGCAAAGCGGGCCGCCAGGGCAGAAGCAAGAGACAUCCGCAUGAGGGAACUGGAACGACAGCAGAGAGAGCCUUCUCAUCAUUCCUUUGACCGGAAAUGGGGACAGAUUCACAAGUGGCUGGAAGAUUCAGAAAGGGCCAGAUAUUCUCACCGGUCUGGUCACCACCAUCUUUACCUGGGAGUAGAGGAUACACUGUCCCUUCGAAGCCUUGGCAGUUACAGGUAUGAUACCGUCAAGGACAGAGCAUCAAGAGUUUCGUCAUUAAAUCAUUCUUACAGUCACACCCAUGGGAUGGAGAAGCGAUCCUCUAGUUCUUAUAAAGAUCCACUGAGUGGCCUCUACUUUGACCAGAGAAACUAUAGCAGUCUUAGACAUGGCAAACCUGCCUCUACCUACUAUUUCCGGUCUUCUUCCCUGUGCAGUGAGCCGAUGGGGACCUCCAAGAGUCAGAGCAGGGCUUCCCCUACUGUAACUUCUGGUCUGCUGAGAAGUACCAGUCUGGCAUCAUUGUAUGAUGGUGGAUUAUAUAACCCUUAUGGUUCUCGAACUCCAUCUGAAUACAGUUACUACUCAUCCAGAGCAAGUUCCUCCAGAAGCAGUCCUCCCUUCGAUGAUGACACCGAAAGCAUUGUGUCUUCUGAGCGUGCCAGUCGUGGGCGAAGGGAGAGUGUGGUUUCUGCUGCCGAUUACUUUAGUCGCUCCAAUCGUAGGGGAAGCGUUGUCUCUGAGGUGGAUGAUGCCGGCAUCUCAGACGUGGCCAGCUUGGAUGAAAAAUCUGACAAACAGUAUGCUGAAAACUACACCAGACCUUCAUCUCGAAAUUCUGCCUCAGCAACAACGCCUCUAAGUGGAAACUCAUCCAGACGGGGUAGUGGGGACACCAGCAGCUUAAUAGACCCAGACACCUCGUUAAGUGAACUGCGGGACAUCUAUGACCUGAAGGACCAGAUACAUGAUGUAGAAGGGAGAUACAUGCAGGGGCUUAAGGAACUGAAGGAGUCUUUGUCUGAAGUAGAAGAAAAAUACAAGAAAGCCAUGGUGUCCAAUGCACAACUAGACAAUGAGAAGAACAAUCUGAUCUACCAGGUGGACACCCUCAAGGAUGUCAUUGAAGAGCAGGAGGAGCAGAUGGCAGAGUUUUACAGAGAAAACGAAGAGAAAUCAAAGGAGUUAGAAAGACAGAAACACAUGUGCAGCGUGCUGCAGCAUAAGAUGGAUGAACUCAAAGAAGGCCUUCGGCAGAGGGACGAGCUCAUCGAGGAGAAUCAGCGCCUCCAGCAGAAACUAGACACCAUGACAAAAGAGGUGUUUGACCUCCAAGAGACCCUGCUCUGGAAAGAUAAAAUAAUUGGGGCCCUAGAGAAACAGAAAGAACACAUUGCCUGUCUCAGGAAUGAGCGAGAUGUGCUCAGAGAGGAGCUGGCUGAGCUGCAGCAGACAGUGAAGACAGCAGAGAAACAUGGCUUAGUUAUAAUCCCAGACAGCACUCCCAACGGUGAUGUCAAUCAUGAGCCUGUGGUUGGAGCCAUUACUGCUGUGUCUCAGGAAGCUGCUCAGGUCUUGGAGUCAGCGGGAGAAGGGCCACUAGAUGUGAGGCUACGAAAACUUGCUGGAGAGAAGGAUGAGCUGCUGUCACAGGUUAGAAAACUGAAGCUCCAGUUAGAGGAAGAACGGCAGAAGUGUUCCAGGAAUGACGGCAUGUCCGGGGACCUGGCAGGACUGCAGAAUGGCUCAGACUUGCAGUUCAUCGAGAUGCAGAGAGAUGCCAAUAGACAAAUUAGUGAAUACAAAUUCAAGCUUUCAAAAGCAGAACAAGACAUAGCUACCUUGGAACAAAGUAUCAGCCGGCUUGAGGGGCAGGUGCUGAGGUACAAAACUGCUGCUGAGAACGCUGAGAAAAUUGAAGAUGAGCUGAAAGCAGAAAGGAGGAAACUACAGCGAGAGCUACGGACAGCACAGGACAAGAUUGAGGAGAUGGAGAUGACCAACAGCCACCUGGCUAAGCGGCUAGAGAAGAUGAAGGCCAACAGGACAGCCCUUCUUGCCCAGCAGUAGGAGGCAGCCCUUCCAUCUGGGUGCUGCUCUGAGGGCCUUGCUGGGAGAUACUGACUCUUUUGUACAUUGACACAAACCCCCUCAAGUACUGUUUUGAGUCUUGUCAUUAAACAGCCACCUUUGUAUUUUAUAAUUUAUGAGAAUGAAGCAGGUUUAUGGAUUUGGAUUUUGUUUGUAGUUCACUUCUACAGUGAGUGCUAGUCUGUGCUGUUUUUAUUUUCAACCUUCUAGAAUCACGUUUUCUCACCAUCUUCUUCCAGCUGCCUCACUGACUAGGCACUUGGGCAGCCUUGCUGUGGGUUCUGGAGGAUGGCCAUUCUGAGCACUGAGUCACUUGCUGGAGACCUCAAAAACACAAGUGCCUUCUCCACAAUGUGAUACAGGCUUCAGAGACCCAAGUGGCCAAGAUUCCUACUCCUCUUACCAGAGCAAUUACAUUUCAGUGAGGAUGUCUUCAGCAGUGGGGAGUCUGUGUUUCACUCAAAUUUGUGUUUGGAGGAAAAAGCCUUUUUUUGUAAGAUAUUUAAAUUUAUAUAAAAAAUGUUAGAAAACAUUAUGGGGAGUGUAUAUUAAACUUCAUUGCAUGGGACAGAGCAAGUCCAAGCCUGUACUCCAAAGAGUAGGGUCCUCAGUCUCCGUACCAACUGUGCUGUUGUGUGUAUUCUCAUCUGCUGCUUAUUUGUGAAAUGAAACCUCAGACAAGCUCAAGGGACGAGGGAGGGCAGUGCAGGCAGGUAGGGGACCUGCCUAUUAAACACACCUUUCUGCCAUCCAGGACUGGCUGCGGGCAGUCGUUAAAGAAGCCUUUAGGACAAGUCAUGGCAACCAUGUACAGUCCUGUCUUGCUUUUCUUUUCUCAAGAUGAGAUAAUCUGGAGUACAGAACUUUCUUCUACUUUUUUGAGAGAAAGGAUCUAUGUAGCCCAGGCUGGUCUCCACCUCACAACCAUCCUCACUGGGCCUCUUGAGUGCUGGGAUUCCAGGCAGGUACUUUCACGCCUGGUUCCAGAAUAUACAAUGCUUAAGAACUUUCAUCUUUAAAGGGCCCAGUUCAAGAUACCCCUGCCCCUACUGUGACUACUUUAUAGGGUUUGUGAUUCUCUUUUGUCAGAAUCAAGGUGGUUUCAUGGGAAUGAUUACUGUAGCUUGAAGUGUUUACAAAGAAACUAUACUGAGGAAAAAUCUAAUGAAUUAAAGCCUCUUAAUAAAUCUAGCCUUGGAACUAGAUAAUAAAAUUAACUCACAAGUGAA